AUGCAGUGUCCCGAUUCGGAGCCGUUCUACAGGACGUCGGACUUCUACAAGACGUGCGGACUUCCGAAGAGGUUCGAAUAUCCGUCGUGGUUCCACGGCUACGGCCUCCAGAAACGACCGCCUCAACAUCCCUUCUACAAAACGACGUCUAGCGACUACGGCAGGUAUCCGCCGACCGUUCACACCGUUCCCACCUGCUUCCAUCCGAACACCCAGGAAUUCACGACGCUUCUCGCAAAGACAGGAAUGUACAGGAAUUACUCAUUAAACACCGGCCUGGACCCGACCAUUUACUAA